GACUGUUUUUAACUAUUUAAAUACAUGUCGUUAUAUUUAAGAACGACCGAAUGAAACUCAUGAGAUCAAACAAAGAAAAGGGACCAGGCAAAGUGAAAUGAAAACCUAGAGGAAAGCACAAAAGGGACAAAACGGUACGACAAAAACCAUUGAUGCUAAGCUCGAAUUAAAAAAAAUAAAAGCAGCAUUAUAAAGCUCUAGAGUACGCAUCGUGUUUUUUUCAUAGUGAAGCCUAAAUACUGUAAAGAGCAAAGAAAUUAGUGAUGCAAUGGCUAAAACACUUCAAACAGUUCAGAAAACUAUAAACAAUAUAUUUGAAAGGGUUCAAUUCAAUAAGACUUGCCAUCAGAAGGAGAUGAAAUUAUUAAAAACAUGUUAUGAUAAGACUGACAUUGAUGUGUUUGGAGAUUGCUUCAUCGCUUGUUUGAGAGUACCAUUGACGUAUGCAGAGAAACAUCCUCACAUUGAGAAUACUUUGGACUUUGCAGCAAAGUUUACUUGCAGUUUGGAUUCUUUUGACAACGAUGAUAGUAAUCAAAUCAUGUGCCCCUUCCUUAGCAAGUUACUUGACUUCUUACUCAUUUCUCAUGAUGCAAAGUCAGCAGCGGUGAGGUUUCGUGUCUGUCAUUUUAUGAAUCUACUUUUGUCUUCGAUGGGAGAACAUGCAUACAUUGACGAUGAGUUGUGGGAUAGAAUUAGUUCAAACAUGUUGGCAAGAGUUUUGGACAAAUCGUCUAAGGUUCGAGCACAAGCAAUAUUUGCAUUGCAUAGAUUGCAAGAUCCAUGCGAUCAACAAUGUCCAAUAAUCAAGACGUACCUGUUUCACUUAGAAAAAGAUCCAAAACCUGAAGUUCGCCAAGCUGUUUUAGUAAAUUUAGCAAAGGCACAAAUAGUAUUACCUGGUGUUCUGGAAAAGACUCGAGAUAUUAGUAAUAUGGUACGAAAAGAAGCUUAUCGUUUUAUGAGUAAAAUAAAUAUAAAGUCUUUAACAAUUAAGCAAAGAGUUUGGCUCAUUGGCGAAGGCCUCAGAGAUAGAACAGAGAUGGUAGCGAAAUUUGUUGAACACACAUUAUUACCUACUUGGCUGGAGCAUUGUAAUGGAGAAUACAUAGCAUUAUUAAGAGCACUUUAUCCAGAAGAUGCUAUGGAUAUCAGUAUAUUAGUAAUUAAAACUUUGUUCAAGUCUGCCGAAGUAAAGAUUCUGUUGGAACAAUUACCCACUGAUCCAAAGACAAAACUUAUUCCACAUGAAAAGUUAACAAGUGAAAGUGUUUUGUACUGGAGGUGCUUGAUAGAACAUCUUAAAUCGAUAAAUUUUAUCGCUUCAGACAGUGAAAUGGAUGAAUUCCUCCCAGAGUUAACAAAAUUCUGUAAAUAUAUACGAGAUUUUCUAGGUGACAUAAAUUCCAUGGAAUUACAAAUUUGCGAAAGAAUGGGACAUAAUUUUAUUUUACUUCAGUUAUUCGAAAUAAUUAAAAUGUAUGAUCUCGCGGAUGAAGUUGGACGAAGUAAUUUAAAGCAGUUAAUAUUGAACACAUUAAUGAUAGAAAAUUGUCCAAGGACAGUAAUUCAGUGUAUUGUGCUACAUUUAGAGGAAGUUGAUCCAGAUGUAAAUGGGAGAUUAACAGCCUUGACACAUGUUAUUAGUGAACUUAGAAUACCAUCUAAACAGACUGUUGCAUCAACAUUGAUGCAAGUUUCCGAAGAAGAAGAACAACAAAUACGGGUGAAGAAAGCAAAAUUCAGAAUCCAGAUUUCGGAAAUUGAGGAUGAGCAAUAUGAAGCCAUUCAAAGAAAAGAGUUUGCGAAAGCAGAAGACUUGAAUUCUAAAAUCGAAGCUUUGAAAGAAGAAAUCAAUAAGCUGAGCUGUCCGACGACAGUUUCUGUAGACACCGAGGAAAUCUAUAAGGAAAAGAAUGAUCGUGCCACCAUGAUAGUGUGUCUAGAAAUAAUGUGUGCAAUGAUGCAAUCAAAAAAAAUUACCACUUUAACACCUAUUUUAAGAACCCAAAUGGAGAACAUGGUAUUACCAAGUAUUGAUCAUUUGGAUGAUGAUGUUCAAACAUUGGCAUUUAAAGCUCUCUCAAUAUGUUGCGUAUUGGAUAAGGAAUUGGCUAAACGGUAUCUAAUGGUAUUCUUUAUGAUACUUACCACAGAAAAUGACAGCACGAGGGUUUGGACUACAGCACUGAAAGCAGUGUUUGAUUUGUUAUUGCUGUAUGGACUUGAUUUUUUCGGCUUUGGAGAAUGCAGUAUAAUAAAUUCAACAUCAAAUAAUACGAGAACUGGUAGAGUAAAUUUGCAUACUGAUUCAGAAACUGAUGAUGUGACAUCUAUUAGGCAACAAGGUACUGAAUCAGAAAGCCCUGAUAUUGUACGAAUUUUAAUUGAUCUAUUAGAAAAUACAAAUGAGGAAGUACGUACCGUUACUGCAGAAGGUUUCUGCAAGUUAUUACUACAUCAGCGAAUCGUCAGUGCUAGAUUGCUAUCCCGCCUCAUUAUCCUUUGGUUUAAUCCAAUAUCAGAGGAUGAUAUACGCAUGAGGCAGUGUCUCACUUCCUUUUUUCAUGCGUUCGCAAUUUCUGCACUUACAAGCCAAGAUAUGCUUGAAAAGGCUUUCAUGUUGACAUUGCACGCACUGGUUAAUGCACCAGCAUUCAGUCCACUGCAUGAAAUCAAUCCACUUAAAGUGUCAAAAUUUAUUUUAAGUCUUACCAAACCUGGUAUACAGCAGUCUAUAUCAAACAGUUACAUACACGAAAAUCUUGCUUUUACCAUUUUGGGAGAAAUAUUGAAUGACAGAAGAGAAAUCAGCUUAAGUAUACUGAUUAAGUCAUUACAGUACUUAGACAUUCAAUUGGAUGAUGAAACAAAAACAAAUGAUUUGUGCGAAGCUGCUCAAAAAGUUCUAAAAAUGGUUCAGAAGAGCGACAAAAAUUUAGUCAAUUACAUUCACUUGUUUAUAAGGAAAUUAAAUCAGACAGAAGAGGUUACCGAACAAAUGACAAUGGAGGAGGAAUCAGAUGAUGAAACAGAAGAUAGUGACCGAUAAUGUUGCGAAUAUAUUAGUUUCAAUUGGACAGGCGAAACAGAAGAAUACAAUUAAAUUCAAGUAUUUAAGAAAAAUGAUGGACAGUGUUUUGCGACACUAAACAGCUCGCGAUUGUCAGUCAAUCCCCGAGGGUAGUUAAUCCUCGGGCCGGAGAAGACGGGCUCGGAUAGUGUUUUGCUGAAGGGGGAAUUAACCGCCAGCAGCUGGUUUCGCGUUUUGAAUAAAAAUAUUCCGGAUUUUUGUAA